CAGGGUUCAGUGGGAUGGCUGGGUUAUGGGAGGAAAAAGAGGGUGUCAGCUACUGCAUAUAUUGGCCAGUCCAUCCUUCCUUGACUCACUUCCUCCUUCUCUCUUUUCAUUUGUGCUGGUCAAGCUCUGUGUGCAAACUUAACGUCAUCAUGUCCCAGCUGCAGCAAGGAAUGGGAAUACUCAUCGCUACCUUUCAUAAAUACUCCGGCAAGGAGGGAGACAAAUUAACUCUUUCCAAGGGAGAGCUAAAAGAUCUGCUUAACAACGAGAUGAAAGACAUGUUUCCGAAGUGCACAGAUCAAGCAGCACUGGACAAGAUAUUUAAGAACCUAGACGCUAAUGCUGAUGGCGUUGUGGACUUUCAAGAGUAUGCCACCCUUGUGGCCUGCGUUACCAUGAAAUGCAACGAGUUCUUCACAAAGAAGUAAUAAAUGAGGACUGACCCUUAACAGCCAAAAAUAAUGCAAAACACAUUUUUUUAGUUUGUUUGAUACACAGAAAGAAAUGUUUGGCAUCUUACAAUGAAAAAUGCAUGAGACAAAAAAAUAAAACGUUUAAAUAAUAUGUUUUAAAGACA